CCUGUGAAAGAUUUUCACUGUCCUCAUUUGUUAGCACCUUUUUCCUUAUUGUCCUUAAUUUAAGAGCCUUUGACAUGGCGAGAAAUUCCAAUGGUAAUGGCAAGGUAGAGACCAACGGCCAUUCAACUACUAAUGGCCAUUCCAAGCCCGAUCGCUAUUCCUAUAUCCAACCCAAAGGCAGCUGGGAACUACCAAGAAAAGCGUUUCAUUAUUCAAUAGGCUUUGUUGUACUCUACUUAUACACGCACGGAUAUGAGCCUAGCGACAUAUACCCAGCGUUGACGGCUCUCCUCGCCAUCGUCAGCUCUGCGGAAGUACUUCGAUUUUCAUCCAGCUGGUUCAAUUCUAUCUACAUAUCAUUGCUUGGACCUAUGAUGCGCAAGACUGAAAUAUCAUCGAGAGUGAAUGGAGUGGUUUACUAUCUGCUGGGUUGCAUCAUUGUACUUUACUGCUUUCCCAAAGACAUUGGUUCACUUUCUAUCGUCUAUUUGUCAUGGACAGACCCUACAGCCAGCAUAUGCGGACGUCUGUUUGGUCAAUAUACUCCCAAGUAUAGCAACAAGUCUUUGGCUGGGUCACUGGGUGCAGCGGCCAUAGGGGCUCUAGUGACCUACCAGUUUUAUAACCACAUGAUGGCACACGGAUUCAGUCACCCGAGCUAUUCAUCAACUGCUCCUGUCUCAUUGACUCAACUGUCUUUAUAUGGAGGCUUUGUGGCGGCCUUUAGUGAGGCGAUCGGUGGUGUGGCGAACGUGGAUGACAAUCUCACCAUUCCUGUUAUCAGCGGCUCACUUCUUUGGUUUGCUUUGGAAUUUUUGGGUUAUGGACAUUAGACAAAAAAAGUACAGCGAGCGAAUCAAGCAUGUCCAUCAUAGCUGGCCUCCAUUAAUCUUUUUCACUUAGAUCUUUUUCAUUUUCGUUGUUCAUUUUUUUUUAUAUCAUUAUCGACU